AUGGCGACACCCUCGGAGAGUACAUACACAAGUAUAACACCUUACAACUUACCACCUACACACUCUUCAACUACAGGACCCAAUCCCACCCACGUAUGGGAGGGCGACCUACCUCCCACCCACGUAUGGGAGGGCGACCUACCUCCCACCAACACAUGGGAGGUCGACCUACCUCCCACCAACACAUGGGAGGGCGACCUACCUCCCACCAACACAUGGGAGGGCGACCUACCUCCCACCAACACAUGGGAGGGCGACCUACCUCCCACCAACACAUGGGAGGUCGACCUACCUCCCACCAACACAUGGGAGGUCGACCUACCUCCCACCAACACAUGGGAGGGCGACCUACCUCCCACCCACGUAUGGGAGGGCGACCUACCUCCCACCAACACAUGGGAGGGCGACCUACCUCCCACCAACACAUGGGAGGGCGACCUACCUCCCACCAACACAUGGGAGGGCGACCUACCUCCCACCAACACAUGGGAGGGCGACCUACCUCCCACCCACGUAUGGGAGGGCGACCUACCUCCCACCAACACAUGGGAGGCCGACCUACCUCCCACCAACACAUGGGAGGGCGACCUACCUCCCACCCACGUAUGGGAGGGCGACCUACCUCCCACCAACACAUGGGAGGUCGACCUACCUCCCACCCAC